AUGUCCGGCACCACCACGACCCUUAGUGGAUUUGGGGUCGUGACAUCAAUAGCUGGUUGGAAACAUUGUAGACCGGUGAUUGAUGUUGAUGCAACUUUUUUUAAGUCAAAAUAUCGUGGUGUUUUAAUGAUUUCAGUUUCAAAGGAUGCAAAUAACCAAAUAUUCCCACUAGCCUUUAGGAUUGCAGAAUCUGAAAAUAACAACUCCUAUGAGUGGUACUUUAGUGAGCUUCACAAUGCAAUUGGGAGCCAUGACAAUUUAAUUUUUUUAUCAGAUAGGCAUCAAUCUAUUGCACAUGGCAUCGCAAAGGUAUAUCCUGAAAGCCACCAUGGGAUUUGUAUCUAUCAUUUGGAGCAGAACCUAAAGCGAAGGAAAGUAAAAAAUGAGGUCAUAGAACUUUUUCAAAGUGCUACAAGAGUAUACAGGCGCAAAGAAUUUGAUUUAUACAUGUCAGAGAUAGCAAAAGUUGAUAAGAAGACUUUUGACUACUUGAUGGUAGAACCACCGGAAAGGUGGGCACGUUCUUGUUGUCCACAACGAAGAUAUGACAUGCUCACAACAAACAUAGUUGAGUCAAUGAAUUUUGUGCUAUUAGAAGCAAGGGAGCUGCCUAUAUUGAGAAUGAUGUAUUUCAUCCAAGUGAAGCUACAACGUUGGUUUUAUGAAAAAAGAAAUGAAGCGGAAGGAACGUUUUAUGAUGUUUCAUGUUGGGUAGAAGAGGAAUUGAAGAAAAAGAUAUAUUUAGAUUUUACUUUAAAUGUCUCCCCUGUUGAUUCAUGGCGUUCUAGAGUUGAGGAAGAGGGAAAUACUUUCUUGGUGGACUUAAACAAAAGAACAUGUGAUUGUUUUCAGUUUCAAUUUGAUGAAUUAAUACAUGCAAUUGCAGCUAUCGAGAAGAGAAACAUCAAGAAGUCCAAUUUCUACUCUGAAUGGUACUUAAAGGAAUCUUGGCUGAAAAUAUAUGAAAGACAAAUACAUCCUGCAAGACAUACGGAUUCUUGGAUUGUACCAGAGAGUGUUAAGUCACAAAUCAUUAAACCUCCAGAUUUCAAGGUCCUGCCAGAUAGAAGACAGAAGAAAAGGCAUAUUCCAGCUACCGAAUCAUCAAAAAUAAUAUUCAAAUGUGGUCGUUGCAGAAGAAUUGGUCAUAACAGAACAUCUUGUAUAUAUUCUCGGCCAGUCCACCCAUUUUCAAGGAAGCAUAGAGAACUAUAG